CGCGCGAGCCAAGGCGAGAACGGACAGGAUAGGACGCGCUGGGGCGUGGCCGCCCGCGGGACGUUGGCCUUGCGCUCCCCCUCUUCCGUCGAUCCGGUUGCCCCUUGCUGCUCCCAGCCCCCCACAAUCCGGCGUCGCAGGGUCCGAAAAUCGCGGGAUCCCGACGGAAGAUGGCUGCCUCCUGCUCCUUCCGCUCCGUCGUCCGUGCUCCUCCGCUGUCCCGGAGCCUCGGCAGGAGCGCGGUGCGCUGCCGCAGCGCCGCCACGCCGGGGGCCGGUGGUGCCGCCUCCACCUCCAAGCUUGUCCUCGAGGUGAAAGAACGGCUGGAGAGGGAGCACCCGGGCCUCCCCACGGGCAGGAACGGGAGGGACGAUGAUGACAUGAUCCUCUGGUUCUUGAAGGACCGCAAGUUCUCCGUCGACGAAGCUGUCUCCAAGCUCACCAAGGCCAUUAAAUGGCGUCAGGACUUUGGUGUAUCAGAAUUAUCAGAAGAAUCGGUGAAAGGCUUGUACCAAACUGGCAAGGCAUAUGUACAUGAUUCUUUGGACAUUUAUGGCAGACCUGUGCUAGUUGUAGUAGCAGCCAAACAUUUUCCUUCGACACAAGAUCCAGUUGAAAACGAGAAGCUAUGUGCCUAUUUGGUCGAGAAAGCAAUAAACAGACUUCCAUCAGGAGCAGAGAAUAUACUUGGAAUCUUUGAUCUGCGAGGCUUCCGUGUUGAAAAUGGUGAUCUCCAGUUCUUAAAGUUUUUGAUUGACGUUUUCUACUAUUACUAUCCGAAGCGGCUUGGCCAAGUUCUUUUUGUAGAUGCUCCAUUUGUUUUCCAACCAAUGUGGCAGGUUGUUAAACCUCUUUUGAAAUCAUAUGCCUCACUGGUGAGAUUUUGCGACUCUGAGACUGUGAGGAAAGAAUACUUCACAGAAGAAACCGUGCCUCCUGAUUUCCGCUGUUAGGUGUCUUGAUUUCUUCAGUAGCAAAUCACUAUCCAGGAAUGGCUCUGACCGGUUUUGGUUGCAGGUUUGGCCUUGUUUGCUUGUCGGAAUGACACAUGAAGCACCUCCAUUCCUCCAAUUAGGAAGUGUCAAGGGACGCCAUCAGUUUUUCAGUCUCAUCGCUUUGUGCCCAGGAAAUAGAAGACGCAACUGAAGAUUGUGAAGACAGAGCCCCACCUGGUGCCACGAGAAUGUCUGGAUGAAAGAAUGAAUCGAAUCUCCAAUGGGUGAAGAACGUUUUGCCAGCAGUUCAAGAAGGCUCUAGAGUAGAGGUCAUGGUGAGAAUCCAGAGCGCUGCAUUGCUGUUUGCCUGCAGCUGUCCUUCUAUGACAUAAGUAUAUAAACACACUGUCUUGGGUACUUUUUUGGUAACAAAUCUUAAAGCACGAGGAUGGUUUUUGCCCGAGAAUAAAACAAGGAAAACGAAGAUAGCUUCAGAGGUCCUCCAUUCUGAACAUGCAUUGUGUUGUUCUCGAGCA